CAAAAUAAAUCAGAUGCAGUUUCUCGCCGUUCGUGUCGGGCGUAAAUUUAUCUAUUGUGUCUAAAUUUUGUUAUAAAUAGGUUUAUUGUUAAAUAUGUAAAUCUUAACAUAAAUCGUGCUUGGUACAAACUAAACACUUUUUCUCUUAAGUGCCUAUUUAAAACUCGUUUCCGUACACCAUUUUCAGACGUGUUUAUCGAGUAUCGACCCGAUCUCUGUUUUUAUUUAUAGUACGGGUAUAUUUGUCUGUUUGUUUUGCAAACAAAUAGUUUAUCCCGUGAAUUAAGGAGAGUGCAGUGAUAAUGUUGCUUUGAAGCAGUGGUUGCGCCGGUUAAAAAUGUGGCGUGUUAUAGUUUUUUGUGCGUUGGUGGGGUCUACUGUAGGGCAGUCCUGGGUGACAAAUAUUACUGAUAAUCUUCGAGAUGGCUUGUCCCGGGUUCUGGAGUCGUCCGUGGUUAACUACUCAACGCCCGUCAUCAACGUCACCUAUGGAGCCAGGGUGGAAUUCGACAUGCGCGCUAUGGGACAUCUUUAUAAUUCAAGCCACACCAUUAUAGACAUCAUCGCGAAUAAACAAGCAUAUCCAGAAGGUAUAGUCUGGUUUUCUGAUGGAAACUUAGAAGUAGCACCUCUGCAGGAGAAAUGGAAGACCCUGCUAGCCCAUUACGCUGGACCUGUUGCUGUGAUUGUCGUUCUUGUCCUCUUGGUCGCUAUACUUCCACUUACGGGCCUGUUCUGGUGCUGUUGUCAAUGGUGUAAGUCUGGUCGGAGAAGGAGGCCAUUCGACCGGAAAUACGACGCAUGUCUCAAAGGAAUACUGGCCAUCGUUCUUAUAGCAUUCCUUACUCUAUUUUUAUUCGGGGUCGUAUGUGCGUUUGCGACUGAUUCUCAACUAGACACCGGUACUACAAAUGUAGCAAAGACUGUUAAAUCUAGCGUACAGGACGUUAGGGAAUUCCUGAAUGCCACACAGGCACACUCCAGACAUUUACUAGUCACCAACUACAAGGAGCUUGAGGCGGAACUUAACGAGAUGCUUACAAGUAGCGGUCAAACGGUGCUAAAAGUGCUGGAUGAUUUCACAAGCGCUACGUCUGUGCAAAAGUUGAAUGGAAUGGUCCAGCAGUUGGACAGAGUUCCCGAGGACUUAAGAACAGUACAGAAAUCAACUUCAGCGCUGCGAUCGAAGGCUGAAGAACUUGACGCUGGACUACGUCGAGUUAAAGCGUUGCUACAUCGUACACUUGUGGCUUGUCAGGAAAAGGAAUGUAUAAAGUUGCAAGAGAAAUACCGACUUGGACAGUUAGGCACCGAAAUACAAUAUAAUAUGAUGCUUGAUAAAUAUUUCCCAACGAUCCCGGACGUAUCAGAUCUCUUGACGAACGUCAGCUCGCUCCUAGAGAGUAAUAUAAAAGAAGAUGUAGCAGCUGGGUUGGAAGUCUUUAGCGGCAUCAAGAAGACCGUAGACCAGCACAUACCGAAGGUCCAGGAAGCUAUCACUGAAACGGGUCGGCGUUUGGCAAGUGUAGCAGAUCAGAUCACAUAUGAAGCUGGCAAUAUGAGCAAGAAACUUGCACAAGUCAAAAUCAAAACUGAUGAAAUACAACGCGAUUAUAUAGAUCGGUACGCGCCGUAUCGCAAAUAUGUGUCGAAGGCUGCCGCAGCUGUGUUGCUUUUGAUUGUGGUAGUUAUGUCGUGGGGUCUUCUAUGCGGUGUAUGUGGUAAACGACCUGACGUGUACGGCACAAGUGACUGCUGCAAUAAAGGCACUGGAGCUACUUGUCUUCUGUGUGGUAUAGCGAUAACGCUGUUCUUGGGUGCUUUUAUCGCUAUAAUGAUCUUGAUUUAUUUCGUGUUCGGCGUCACGGCACAGAGAUUUGUCUGCGAUCCUUUGACUGAACCCCGUGAUAACCGAUUAUUUGCCGAUGUUGAGAUGUUUGUGGACUUCGAGAAUGUGAUGUUCAACGAGAAAAGUGAUCCAGAUUUUAAUAUCACCUCUGUCUUACUAGCCUGUCAUCGUAAUAAGACUGUCUAUGAGGUACUACAUCUUAACCGCCUUUACGAUCUGGAAGCAGUUAAACAAGAAGUAGAAAAAGAUCUGGGUGUCCGUGUCUCUUCCCUGCGAACAGAUUAUCCGCCCCGGGGUCGUCCUUUGCUUAUUUUAAAACCAGCAGCAAGGGCAAAAUUAGAUCAAUUGGCUAAUACGGGACUCUCUGACUUCAAUUUUGAUAAGAUUUUGGAGGCGCUGGAAACAAACAUAACUUCUCUACCAUUAGAGUCACUGUCGUCCCAACUACAGCAAACGGCGAGAUCCCUUACAGGACGAGCGGGGUAUGGGGAAGUGUCCAGGAGUUUGAGGGAAGCAGCUAACCAAUUGGAUCAAUUGCAGAGGGAUGUUGUCAACCCGAUGUUGGAACAUACUGCUCAGUUAAAUAAAACAGCAACAGAACUUCGAGAUGUGCUCCGUUUCAAUCAAUCUUCUCUAAAAGAAGCCAUUCAGUACCGCAUCAGGGACACAACUGAGGUCGAAUUGUUCCUUAACACUCAAGGGCCUGAUUUGGUACAAAAUUUGACCCGUGAAUUUGUUGAGGUAGUGAGUGAGCGCCUUCAAGAAUACCUGAGCUUGGUGGUGGCGGCCGCUCGUACAAAGGUCGGCCGAUGUGAGCCGCUCUCGAAUGCGUUUAAUGCUACAAGAGAUUCUGUCUGCCGUACUGUUCUCAUGCCUACUCAUGGGUAUUGGAUAUCUCUGGCCUGGUGCGUCUUACUCUUCGUGCCUCUGAUGGUCAUCGCUCAACGACUGUCGCGGCUGUACCGACAUCCCGAUCCAUAUCCGGGACCGCUUGUUGAGGCCGAAUAUUUGUAUGACGCGUACGCGGACCGCGAUAACAUACCCCUUGCCAACGCCUACAAGGCUGAGAAGCGAACCGGGCGCAACAGACGCGAGGGGCGGGAGGGGCGCGAUGUUCGCGAGACGCGGGAGGGGAGGGAGGGGCGCAGGGGGGAGGCGGAGAGCGCCGGCGUCGCCCUGGCGCCACCCCUCGACGCACACCACGCGCGCAGAUAUAAUGAUAUGGCGCCAAAACACUGGGAGGAAGGACUGCCAAGGUACCACGGACCUACUGAGUACGAGCGACCCCCACCCUACUACUAUCCCGGACCAAAUGAUAGACAGUAAAUUGGCGCUCACAGAACUGGACGACGAUCUACUGAAGUACUAAGUCCGAUCUCCAUGCAACGUAUGUACAACACUUCCAGACAAUCGUACCCCGUAAAUCUAUAGAAUAACCUCAUAUUUUUCCAUGUCGUAGUUAUAUUUGUCUCUUAGACUGGGUUCAAACGGCAUUGUCCUGCACGUUUUCUUUGUAUUCCGGUGUUCACACGGUAGAUUUUCAUUCGUGUGAAAUACGAAUAGCCGCAGUCUUCACACAGAUGUCACAGUGAGCGAGAACGAGACAGAGCUAUAUUAUGUGCCCCUUUAAACCGAAUUAACGUUAAAGUUCAUUCGAUUUGCUUGACAAAUCCGUUGAGUAUUCGUUUGAACGUAUAAACGGUGUACGAUAUUUUGCAGUACAAACGCCGUAUGAAUGGGUCUAUGUACAAUACAUGUGCUACUAUUUAUUCGUUAAGACGUAUACUGCGAAAUGCGUGCAGGACAAUGCCGUGUAAACCCAGUCUUAUUCGAGUAAAAAGCGUCAAUUGCACGAAUUUCAAAUGAACGUAUUUUAAACGUAGUCAUACAAUUUAACUUACCCAUGUUCCGUAGUCUCUCACUUGAAAUUAAUUGGUCUAAAGAAACCUAUCUUAAUGAGAAUGUAAAGAUGAAAUGGAGCGUAAUUUAAGAUAGUUUCAAAAUUGGUAAAAAAUCUUUUUGUAUGUUUGGCCGUUUUUUUUUUUUUUUUAAUCAACAGUAUGUUCUAACAAAAGCAUCACCUAAAUUUCAAUUCGAGGAAAUUUGUGCAAUUGAAGUUGUUCCCAACAAAGCGUUGCUUGCACUUGCAAGAUUAGGAAUUUCGGUCCAUUAAUGCGCAUCGAAAGUAUUUUUCUAGGAUAGCUUUGAUGUAUGUCAUCUAUAACUGUUUAGUAAUUUAUCUAAGUGUAAGGGUCUUUGGACAGUUUUUCUUGAUAUUAAAUCUUUGAUAUAAAUACUAAUUAAUCUAUAUGGAACGUAAUUCACUGUUCUGAUCAUAUUACGGAGCUUGGAUCAUAAGCUGAAGCUGUCCGUACAACCAAAAGCGAAUUAAGGAUAUAAGUAAUUCAUUAACCAUUGCCGUUCAUAGCUGUCCAAUGACUUAAUAUUUUAAGUACUAAAUAUAAGGAUGGGAUCGUAUUCAGUAUGUAUGUGGGAAUGAUGUUGUUCCAAUCGUCACGGUAACUGCCAUAAUUCGACUGUCCUGUAUUUUUAAACUGUUAGCGGAUUUAUCUUUUUAAUGCGCCGAUGCCUCUUCAGAGUGAAUAAGAUGUUGAGAAACAAUGAUGAUAAAAUUCAUUCAGAUGUUUACAUACAUACAUAACGUAUGACAUUCGACAAUUUUGGACGACGCUUUGAAAUCUGUCAAAAGAAUUGAAGGUGUCCAGGGUUUUGGAUUUCCUGUGAUAAUUAUUUAGGAAAACUUCGUUUCCGAAUUAGUGAAGUCUGAAGAUGUUGAGGCGCUUAGCUCAAGAGUAUAUUGUGUGAUGUUUAGACCUGAGGUCAACUUCGCUUUAUGUUUGUGGUAUUCUUUACAUGUUUCGCGGCUUCCCGCACAAAUAUCAAUUUCAGAGGUUCUUUACUUAGCGUUGAAAAUGUGUUCUAUAGGUUUUCGUAAGGGGCUUAUAAGGUUUAGUUAACUGUGGUUAUUUUGGACCCCAGUUAUAUGUUAAAGGAGUUUCAUGGAAAGUUCGUAGCUAGAUACCUAUUUAGAUAGGUCGUUGUUAGGAUCGGGAGGUAAAGGUGAUUUUUCAACUUUCUUAUAAGCACUUACAGUUAUUAAAAUUUUUGUAGCCUUUUUGAAUCUUGCACUUUUUUGAGUGUGGUAAGAAAAGCAGUAGAUUUGGAUUUAUGAGUGUACUGGUGGGAGGCGUUUAUUCGCUAGAAAUUCUGAAUACUUAGCAGGAAUAAAAACUCGUAUUGUUUUUUUUAGGAUAAUUGUCAGAAUUGUAGCGAAUAAGUGCCAAAAAUUCUCGUAACGUAAAAAUCACUUUACGAGAUUAGGAAUGCAUUUAAAUUAGGUUAGUGUCAAGUUGCGACGUAAAUUAAGAGUUGGGAUGUGAUGGACGCCAUGCCAAACCUUAUACUAUAUUUACUCGUAAGACUAUAUAGUCUAGAUUUAGUUAGGUCUAGAUCGAUUUCACCCUAACGUGAUAGAUAUGAAUCUAGAGGUACAGUCAGAUUAUUUUAGAGGACUUUUUUAUUUACCCCGUUAUAUAUAUAUUAUGUAAGCGUGCAAAAUUAAUAGUGGUAAUAAUUUUCCAUGCAAAUUUAGUUAGACAAAUUACAUUUAUAAUAACAUUCUUUCAGGCAAUAGCUUUUUUUACACUCGCGUGGUUUUGCACGUUUAUGUACAAAUAGUAUUGUUUAUUUGUCGUGAUUUAAGUGACUAUUUUAUAAUUGAAUUUAAUAAAUUUAAGUUUGUAUCGCUGUGGGCGUGUUCUCCCGCCAAUAUUCUAAUACUCUCAAGACACACCCACUCUAGUUUAAAAGGUUAGUGCUAGUCUAUAACUGGCCUUAUAUCCUAUUUAGUUAAUUUUAUCUAUAUUUUAAGUUCAAAUGUUGAUUGUGUCAUAUCGUAAGUUAAUCGUGGGAAAUGCCAAAAAAUAUUUUCACCUAAAAGGUGUGUUGGGAGGAUGUAAUGCUGCUGAUUAUUGCUGGAUUUCAAACUUAAACACGCAUUGGAAUAAUUCACCUCUUCAACAUUUAGGUGUCAUUUGGGAAUUGCCAGUUUUUGGUUAAUUGAUCUCUUAAGGGUGCACGUCUUCCUCUAUUUAUAGUCCAACCUUAAUAACUUCCUUUUUAACUUUGACUUAUUCAAGAAGAGCAAAUAACAUUCUAAUAAUUUCUAAAACGCGUUAUUAUUGAGCAUUUAAUUUUUUAAAUAUAGACGUAAUUAACUUUAUGGAUUCAUUUUGUAGAAUAAAACGUAAGUUAUUAAGAUUGGUCAAAGCUCAGUUUGUCGGAAAAAAUAACUCUAGGAAAAUAACACUGCUCAAUAAUUAGGAUUCUCCAUUUGUGGUACUUUGUGCGUCUAGGUUUUGCCUACAGCCAGCUGGCCGUGUCUGAUAAUUAAUUUUUUUUUUAAGUUUCGGAAUAAAGACGAAAUUUACAUCACAUUUGUGUUAUAUAAGUCACAAAAUGUUUAAGAUUCCUUGUAUUAUUUUUAGUUUUGGGUGAUCCCUAGUACGUAACUAGUGAUCGAGUUUAAUAUCUAUUGAAAUAGAAAUUGGACGUUCAGAGACGAGUUCUUUUUCAUACAAAAGCUCUUAAAAAAAGACUGUCCACUCAGUUGAAUAUUUUCUCGUGUUUGAUCUUCUAAGAUUAGAUUAUUCUGAUUAUAAAAUCAAUGUAUGAAAAAGAUCUUUAGGCAAUGAAUAGCCUGAUUUAAUUCAGUGUUAGCUAAUCGAGUGAUGUACCUAUACGUUAUGUUGUGGUAGUUGUAACGAAAAGUUUUUUAUGAAUGUCCGGCUUGGACUGUGCCACGUAUGUAUCGAGGAUUGUAAAAUAAAUAUGAUUAUCUCCAA